AUGAAGGUAGCUGUGGAUCUUGAUGAGGCUGAGAGGCAGAGGCGACUUAAGGAGUCUCGAGCGAAGAAGGCGGAGAAGGAGGGUGCUAGGCAGGCGACUGGUAAGCGCCCUACAGAUGACGAUGAAGGGCUGGUUGCCGAUGUGAUGGGGAAGAAGAAGGCGCUGCAGGAAGCUCACCAGAGUGUGGUAAGGGCAGGGCUGAGGCUUCCUCUCUUUGACCUGCAAGCACCACCGAAGCUCCCCUUCGGUAUGGAGGAUGUUUUUGUUGAGGGGGUGGAGAAGGUGGACUUCUCUAUGCUGCAUCGACAUAAGGAGGUGAACCUUGCCAUGCAUCGGCAGGAGGUUCCUUUGGUGAACAUCUUCCUGGAAGGCGUGAAGAGUGACCCCGAGGCUCUGGCGAGGACACAUGCCUCCUCCUUUGUAGAUCAGGCCCAGAUGACGUUCCUCACCCAUGCCUAUGCCUUUGGUGAGAUGUAUGUCAACAUAGCCAAGGCAGAUAAGAAGAUCCAGAGAUUAAAGAGGCGCAAUGAGAUGACCAAAGACAAGAUAAUGGAGGCGCAUGAGGCCAUCCGAGAGAAGAACGCCCUGCUAUUGUAG